AAUCUGCGGGACACGGAAGUGACAGCUAGAGGCAGCCACUUUAAAACUUUUUUUGUGUGGAUAUUAUAACGACAAAAGACAAGAAGUUAUGAAAACCCGUUAGCUAAGCCUUAUAUCCGCCAAUUUUUGUAUUUCUUCUACCGUUUGAUACAGCCGAACGGACUUCCUUAUUUACAUUGUGACACCAGUUUGACUUAAUAGAGCUCUGCUGAGUUCAUACCUGAGACAUUAUCGAUGGGUUAUCCGCUCAUUAUAGCUUUUUUUCUGGUAAGCUCCUCUAUGGUAUUAGCGUCCCAGCAGCCCAACAUCGUUUUCAUCCUGGCAGAUGACUAUGGUUGGUAUGAUGUCGGCUACCACAGCUCAGAGAUCCGGACCCCGAACCUGGACAAACUGUCCGCAGCAGGAGUCCGCCUGGAGAACUACUAUGUCCAGCCUCUGUGCACCCCGUCCAGAAACCUGCUCAUGACCGGGAGAUACCAGAUCCACACAGGCAUGCAGCACCAGAUCAUCUGGCCUUGUCAGCCCUACUGUGUGCCUCUGGAUGAGAAACUGCUGCCUCAGCUGAUGAAGGAGGCGGGCUACGCCACACACAUGGUGGGCAAGUGGCACCUGGGCAUGUACAAGAAGGACUGCCUGCCAACACGCCGGGGCUUUGACACAUACUUCGGUUACCUCACAGGUAGCGAGGAUUACUUCACUCAUGUCCGCUGUAAUCGGAUUGCUGCUCUGAACCUGAGUCGUUGUGCAUUGGACCUGCGGGACGGAGAAGAGGUCGCUACAGGAUACAAAGGAGACUAUUCCACUGAACUGUUCAGCCAGAGGGCCACCAGCAUCAUUAAAAAGCACAACCCUAACAAGCCGCUCUUCCUCUACGUGGCACUUCAAGCAGUCCAUGAACCGCUGCAGGUGCCCGAGCGCUACCUGGCCCCCUACAGUUUCAUCAAAGACCCUCAUCGCAGGCAGUACGCCGGCAUGGUGUCGGCCAUGGACGAGGCCGUGGGAAACAUCACCCUGGCUCUGCAGCAGGGAGGACUGUGGGACAACACGAUCCUGGUGUUCUCAACAGAUAACGGAGGUCAGACGUUGAGCGGUGGCAGCAACUGGCCGCUGCGAGGAAGGAAGUGGUCACUAUGGGAAGGAGGGAUCCGGGGAGUCGGAUUUGUCGCUAGCCCGCUGCUGAAGCAACCCGGGACCGUCAGCCACGAACUCAUCCACAUCUCUGACUGGCUGCCAACCCUUGUUGGCCUGGCCGGAGGGAGCACCAACAGCACCAAGCCACUGGACGGAUUCAACGUGUGGAACACAAUUAGCAACGGCUUUGCCUCACCCAGACUGGAGCUGCUGCACAACAUUGACCCUCUGUAUAUUGACAUCGCUCCGUGUCCUGGCACUGAGCGUCAGUCAUCUUUGGCUCAGAUGGCCAGCGGAGGCUCCUGGUCCAAUUUUGGCUUCAAUGUGUCCUUUCACGCCGCCAUCCGAUCCUCAAACUGGAAGCUGCUGACAGGCUACCCAGGUUGUGACAUUUGGUUUCCACGACCCGGGCACAACAGCUCCAAUUCAAACCCCUCCCGGGUGGAUCUACUGAAGUCCGUAAUGCUGUUUGACAUAGAAAAAGAUCCCGAGGAGAGGAAUGAGUUAUCCGCUCACUUCCCCAACGUAGUAGAGUAUCUGCUCAGUAGGCUCAACCAAUACCAGAAAAGUGCUUUACCGAUAAACUUCCCCGAUAAUGACCCCCGAUGUGACCCGGGUCCCACUGGGGCCUGGGGACCCUGGGCAUAGGAUGGAAAUGAAAGUUAUGACAGUUGUAGCACUUUGUUAAAUGUGAAUUUCAGCAGCAGGAAUCUCUUCUGUUGAGGCAAAGAGUUACAUUUUUAAAGACAUUGCGAUGAUUAGAUUUAAUGUGUAAAACACAGCAUUUUUUAUCCCUCAAUAAUUUCAAUCAGUCAGUCCGAUUAAAAAAUAUAUAUAUAUUUCACUUGGAUUAUGUUUUUCGGAUUUAUUUCUUUGUUUGUCAGUUCAUAUGGGGAAAACUUUUAGCCUGUUUUCCAGGAAACUUGGUGAAAGGCGGAAGCAUGGUCCGAGAAAGAUCCAAUUUCCUUUUGCAGCGUCAUUUUUCCCUUUCAUUUGCACUGUGAGAUAAGGUAUUUUGCUUUGCCGGAGGUCUGUGUUCUCCAAGUCUCCUUUUAGAGUUUCUAUUUUUCAACUGCUGGAAAAACUCAGCCAUUAAUUGACUGACUGAUACUGCUAUUACUAUUGAUCGAUGUGUCCCAGCUCUGAAAUGCUUACGGAGGUUUAGUUAAAGCUAUUGCGUCAACGCUGUUUGGCACACAUGUUGCUGAUUUGUAAAGACCAUAUCUCCCUGCUGUUUCAGGUAUUUGCACUUCAUUUAUCUACUGUUGACAAGCCGCAGGCCUCUUGUAUGUGUCAAACAGGAGGACUGUUUUCAUACCUGAGAGAAAUACUUCACCAACAAAAUGAUGGUGUCUUUUGGAGGAGAAAGCUAAAUUUGUCACGGUUAUGUUUACAUCUUCUGACAUUGUCGACUAAAUGGUCAUGGUCAAAUUUUUACUUUAAAUAUGUUUCCUUAAAUAUACUGUGAUUUACUUUUUAUUUUUGUAUUAAUUUCUCACACUUUGAAAAUGCGUACUGGUGGAAGCUGAAAAUCCAAGUUAUAUGUUUUGUUCCAGAAAACAAAUACUACAUAAUAAAGAGGCUUCAAAAUUCAGUGAA